AUGUCCAACACCCGCGCGAGAGUACAUACUGAUUCGGCAGCCAUGCGUGGGCACUGCACUCAGUACGACUCAUCAAAGAAUUCAUCUUCAAGGCAACCAAUCCCCGAAUCAACAUCUACAAGUCCACCUUCUGCCACGACCAACACCAACACAAAUACUAACCCUGGAGAACUCCCCAAAUUCUCCUUCAACGACCUCGGCGCAACACCUCGGAUCAAGAUCUUCAUUUACGUCGUGGUCGGUAUUCUUGCCACUGUCGAAACUUAUACGUAUAGUAUCUGGAUCUGGCAGAGAUGGUUCAAGAAGACACCUGAGCAGGAAGAAGAUUGA